GAUUUAAUCGGGUUAUAUCAGCUGUGACAUUGUUAUCGAUUUAUUUACUAACCUAUAUUUUCGCGAAAUAAUAAAUUGAACUCAUGUAUUAUUACUUAAAUCGGUAAAAAUGAAUAAAUUUACGACAUAUACAAUAAAGGAAAUCCACAAAGCGUAUCGUGACAAGUUAUUGACGCCAACAAAUUUUGUAGAUUUGUGUCUACAAAAAGUGAAACAAACGAAUGAAUUAAAUGCUUUUGUGUUUGUAACGGACGAUGAAGUGGAGAACCACGCGAUCGAAAGUGAAAAGAGGUUCUAUAUUGACAAGGUAACCAAGCCUCUGGAUGGUAUUUCUAUAGGAAUCAAGGAUAACUUUUGUACCAGUAACAUACCUACUACUUGCGCUUCAGAGAUGCUUAGAAACUUCGUACCGACGUACAAUGCGACCGUUUAUGCUAGAUUAAGGGCAGCGGGUGCCUGUCUCAUUGGCAAAUGUAAUUUGGAUGAGUUUGCAAUGGGUUCUGGCACUGUAGACUCUAUUUUCGGCCCUACCCGUAAUCCAUGGGGAUAUAAGAGUGAAGAUUGGAAUAUUGCCGGUGGUAGUUCCGGGGGAAGUGCCGUGGCAGUCAGUACAGGCGCUUGUGUAGCCGCCAUCGGCUCAGAUACAGGAGGUUCGACAAGAAAUCCGGCCGCUUUAUGUGGUAUUGUAGGCCUUAAACCUACGUAUGGUUUAGUGUCAAGAUAUGGUCUUAUACCUUUAGUCAAUUCCAUGGAUGUACCAGGGAUAUUAUGUAGAACUGUUGAAGAUGCAGCAAUGAUACUAAAUUGUGUGGCUGGUCCGGACCUCUUUGAUUCAACAACUAUAAAAAAAGAAUAUCAUCCGGUUUCUUUGAAGGAUGAUUUUGAUCUCUCAACUGUUAAGAUUGGUAUACCAAGAGAGUAUCAUUGUGAAGGUAUGAGUGAAGAAGUUAUAGAUACGUGGAGAUAUGUUGUGGAUUUGCUUGAAAAAGAAAAAGCAAUGAUAUCAUCAAUUUCAUUACCACAUACAUCAGUAUCUAUAGCUGUAUACUCAAUUUUAAAUCAGUGUGAAGUUGCAAGCAACAUGGCUCGAUAUGAUGGUUUAGAAUACGGGCUACGGACGAAGGAACAAUAUUCAACAGAAGAGCUGUAUGCGUCAUCUCGAUCACUAGGCUUUAAUAACGUUGUACGGUCAAGAAUUUUUGCCGGAAACUAUUUCUUAUUAACAAGAAACUACGAAAAGUACUUUAUGAAGGCUAUGAAGCUACGCAGAUUGAUAUCAGACGAUUUUAAGAAUGUGUUUCAUGGGGAAGCAAAUGUAGAUUUGUUGUUGACACCGACAACAUUGUCGGAUGCUCCGUCUUAUAAGAGUUUUGUGUCGAAACGUAACCGUGAUCAAUGUGCUUUCCAAGACUAUUGCACUCAGCCAGCAAAUAUGGCAGGAAUUCCAGCAAUUUCUAUACCAAUUCGGCUUUCAGAGAAUAAGUUACCAUUAUCGUUACAACUGAUGGGUCCAAUCCUAUCGGAAGAGCUGUUGUUAAAUGUUGCUAGGAAAAUCGAGACACUUGUUAAAUUUCCUAUUUUAGACAAGGUUUAAUUUAGGAUAGAUUAGACUUUUUGUAUGUUUUAGUUGAAAUAAAUUAUUAUUUUACUGUACUCACUUAGAUUUCUUUCUUGUCCCACCCAAAGCUGAAAA